GUCACGCCUCUCAAAUCACAUCACAACACUGUUGUUUGUUCUGACCAGAUUUUCGUCCUUUCUCUUGCAUCGACACAGAGACCUGCGUAGCUUUGCAUAAUAUAAAAAGAAUUGAGCCUCUUAUUCGUCCUAAUUUCAUAUGCAAUCUACUUUUCUUAUUUCUAUUGUGGAAACCUGAAAACCCAAAUUUAUUUUUGAUGAUCGUUGCGUGUUUAAUUUUAGAAAGCUAAAAUCACCGGUUUUCACUAUAACUUGACUUUGGAAAAAAUAUUCGUAGUGAUCUAAUUUCAAGAGAAUCAAUUAAACCUAACGCUAUGCCGGAUCAGAGUGGUAUGAAAAUCGCGGUUAUCUGUUCGAGCAACAUGAACAGGAGCAUGGAAGCACAUGCUUUCCUCAGCAAAAAAGGAUACUGUGUGAAAUCGUACGGAACUGGUGACAAAGUAAAACUGCCAGGCCCUGCUGCUGACAGACCCAAUGUUUAUGAAUUCGGCUCCACAUACGACGAAAUUUACAAUGAUCUGCAGCACAAAGACAAAGCAUUGUACACGCAAAAUGGACUUUUACACAUGCUUGAAAGAAACAGGCGGAUCAAACAGCAUCCUGAGCGGUUCCAGUUGACGAAAGAAAAGUUUGACGUUAUUAUAACUUGCGAAGAGAGAGUUUACGACCAAGUUAUCGAAUGUUUGGAGAAUAAGGAAAACGAAACAAAUUCCCCAGUCCAUGUGAUAAACAUAGACAUACAAGACAACCACGAAGAGGCCACCAUAGGAGCUUUCAUGAUUUGCGAGCUUGUUGAUAUGAUGAGCCACAGCGAAGAUCUGGAUAAUGACAUCGACGAAUUAUUGCAGGACUUUGAAUCCAAAAAUGAAAGAACAAUACUGCAUUGUGUUUUCUUCUACUAAAACUUAUUUUAGUAGCCUUUAUUAUUAUUAUUAUAAUUUUUUAUUUACUUAAAAUUAAGAAUUAAUUAAUAUGCAAUGUUAACUAAGCCAUUCAAGAAUUUGUGAACAGUGACUUCCAUUUACGACGACGCAAUGAUAGCUCAAAAUACUUUUCAAAUUGACAAUGAAUGGUUAAAAACAUAUAUUUAAUUUUCAAAAAUAAAUAAUUAUUUAAUUCCUGACACAACAAAGUAUGUAUAUGGGUAACUAAUCCUUGGCUUAAUAAGCAGUGUUUACUUAACUUGGUUUUAAAGCACAACAAUUAAAUGAUUAUUUUAUUGUGAGGAAAAAAUUAUCAGUUUAUUAAUAUUAUAGUUAAAUACAAUAAAAUAUUUUGGAUUAUCAAGCCUGGAGAACGGG